CCGGAAGGCGUGCCACGCGGUUUAAACCUAAGGUGCCCUCUCGGCCGGCGGGAGCCCGCCCGAUCCCCGGCGCGGGGCGCGGCCCUCGGUGACGCACGCCGGGGAGAGCGGCGCCCACGUCUCCACCAUUACAUUCGCGAGGCCUUCCACCCUGCGCGCCGAGUUCGGGGCUGCAGGCGUCCUCGCUUCCUCCCUCCCGGAGGCGGGCCGACCCCGCCCCGCGCCCCGAGUCGCUCCCGGCGGUCCCUCCCACCGCCGCCCGGCCUCCCCCCGGCGCGGCGCCCUCCCCGCCGCCGCAGCCUGACACGCCGUGCGGCCCCCGUCUCCCGCGGCUGCCUCGCCAGGCAUGGCACAGGGCCUCGCCUCACUAUGGCAGCAGCACGGCACAGCACGCUCGACUUCAUGCUCGGCGCCAAAGCUGAUGGUGAGACCAUUCUAAAAGGCCUCCAGUCUAUUUUCCAGGAGCAGGGGAUGACGGAGUCGGUGCACACCUGGCAGGACCAUGGCUAUUUAGCGACCUACAUAAACAAAAACGGCAGUUUUGCCAAUCUGAGAAUUUACCCACAUGGAUUGGUGUUGCUGGACCUUCAGAGUUAUGACAGUGAUGCGCAAGGCAAAGAAGUUGACAGUCUUUUGAAUAAAGUAGAAGAAAGAAUGAAAGAAUUGAGUCAGGACAGUACUGGGCGGGUGAAGCGAUUGCCACCCAUAGUUCGAGGAGGGGCCAUCGACAGAUACUGGCCCACUGCUGAUGGCCGCCUGGUUGAGUAUGACAUAGAUGAAGUGGUGUAUGAUGAAGAUUCACCUUAUCAGAACAUUAAAAUCCUACACUCGAAGCAAUUUGGAAAUAUUCUCAUCCUUAGUGGGGAUGUUAAUUUGGCGGAGAGUGAUUUGGCGUAUACCCGGGCCAUCAUGGGCAGUGGCAAAGAAGAUUACACUGGCAAGGACGUACUGAUUCUGGGAGGUGGAGAUGGGGGCAUAUUAUGCGAAAUAGUCAAACUGAAACCAAAGAUGGUCACUAUGGUAGAGAUUGACCAAAUGGUGAUUGAUGGGUGUAAGAAAUACAUGCGAAAAACAUGUGGCGAUGUCUUAGACAAUCUUAAAGGAGACUGCUAUCAGGUUCUAAUAGAAGACUGUAUUCCAGUACUGAAGAGGUACGCCAAAGAAGGGAGAGAGUUUGAUUAUGUGAUUAAUGAUUUGACAGCUGUUCCGAUCUCCACAUCUCCGGAAGAAGAUUCCACAUGGGAGUUUCUCAGACUGAUUCUUGACCUCUCAAUGAAAGUACUGAAGCAAGAUGGGAAAUAUUUUACACAGGGGAACUGUGUCAAUUUGACGGAAGCCCUGUCGCUCUAUGAAGAACAGCUCGGGCGCCUGUAUUGUCCUGUGGAAUUCUCGAAGGAGAUCGUCUGUGUCCCUUCAUACCUGGAAUUGUGGGUGUUUUACACUGUUUGGAAGAAAGCUAAACCUUGAAGAUCGUAUCCCCAAAUCACGUGUGCUGCACAUGGCCUUCCUGACCUUCAAAUGCUGUACAUGACAUUGGAACGCGUCAGGCAAUUGAUCGUGAAUUCCUUCAAGUUUUCUUUUUUAAUUAUUAUUUUUAAUUUAAAAAAGCAAAUGGAAAAUGUAUAUUUUGAUGAGCUAGGGUGUUAUGUUCUUUGAAAGUCAGCUGAAGGAUGAUUAGACAGCACAGCGAAGGCUGCUAAAUGCACUGAACCCCUAGAAUGUGAUUUUCGUUACUUUUUUCUGUGUGGGCUCUUUUCCUUUGUAUUUUGGUAGACUUUGAAUUUGCUUGUUUGGAGGAAUGAACAUCAUUGUUUCGUUCUGGAGAGAAGUUCUUGAUGGUGUUUCUUUCUGCAAAAAUUGACUUAGAUGUUACAAUUUGGUGCUUAUAAGAAAGUUAAAAAAAAUGAAUAGCAAUGCUUCAAUUAAAAUUACAAAUGAGAAA